UAUUAUUGAUAUUAUAUUCCAUGUGGGAGUGUUACGUUUUCUCUAGCAAAAGUAAAGCUUGUGAUAAGUACUUUGUCAAACUGCGAAUAGAAAUCUGAUAGUAAAUUAAGUUUGAAGUGAAUCGGAUGUGAUUGACAAGAGCAAACUUAUUCAGAAUGGAGGAGGGCCGGAUGAGUGUUGACUCGGAUGAAGGUGAAAUGAUAAUCAACGAGGUGGAUGGCUUGCCGAACAUGCAUCCCAACUACAGUGACCUGAACCUCACCCGGCAGCAACCCCACACUGACACAGGCACACGCACUAUUGACGAAUUGAUACACGACGAAGAUCUGCCCACUUCGAUUAUAGUUACAAAUUUAGAUGGCACACUGUUCAAAAAUGAUGAGCUUAAGAAACAAAUUGAAACGCUAUUCAAACAGUACGGUGAACCGGCCUCAUUCCAAUACUUCCGCAGUUUCAAGCGGAUGCGAGUGAACUACAACUGUCCGGCAGCCGCCGCAAAGGCCAGAAUCCACCUGCACCAGACUCAAUUUCUCGGCACCAUUAUCAACUGCUAUUUCGCUCAGCCAGUGACUCCGAUAGAUGCGGCCGACCAGCACUUGCAGCCGCCGGCGCUGACAAAGCAGUUCCUGAUCUCGCCACCGGCGUCGCCACCUGUCGGCUGGGAGUCGCACUCCGAGGCCGAACCACUCGUCAACUACGAUCUACUAGCUGCCAUUGCCAACCUCACGCCAGGAGAAGCACACGAACUUCACGCAGCGUCGGGCAGUCAGCCAGGCAUAGUGGUGCACGUGUGUGAGGAGGGCAGUCUAGGCCCAACUGCCACCAGUCAGGCUCCCAUCGCAUCGAAAGGCCGCAUCAUCCAGACACGCUGUCCCGAUCACAAUUAACACAGACUAAUCACAGACAAGUUGUAUUAUUUUUGUUAAAUAUAUUAUAUACCUAGAUGUUAGAUGUAAAUUUGUUAUUUAAUUUUAAAUGAAGUAUUAGUGUAUAUUAUUGUCAUUGUUAGGUCAAAAACAACGGAUGAAUGUCACACUGUAAUAUAUAUUUUAUAAUUGCGUCCAUCCUAGAUCGGUAUACCAUAUCAUUAUUAUUAAAUCAUCUGUUGUUUUCUGUAAGUGAUAAAGUUGAUGAAUAUUCUCAUCAGCUACAUAUUUUCGUAACAAAAUCAAAAUAUAACAUUUUCAAAUAUUGAUAUUUGAUUGGAAUAAAGAUAAGAUGACGUUGAAGAUGGUAAAAGAAUAUAAUGUAACUUUGUCUUUUGUAUUGUUCUUGCUUGAAAGGAUCGGAAAUUGUAAUUUUUUGACAUACUAUAUUCAAUUUUAAAUGGCCUUUUUUCAAUUAUCAUCUCAAUCCCCUUUUUUGGGAUAGACCUUUGAUUGGGCAUUAACUUUGACUGUCACUGUUUCUCUUCAACUUUUGACUGUUUUUCGCUUCACUUGUUAACAUAUUUAAUGCUUUGAAUGACCAAAUUAGUUUUUAAUAUUAAUUUGAUCGUUGAAUCCUUUGCACAUACUGUAGUACAUUUCUAAAUAUUUUGAAAGUUCAGUGAUCAGUCGUUGCUAGUUGCAUGUAGGGUAAGGUCAGGGGUAAGAACUAUUCUCGAGGCUUCUACUUGAAGUCCCAGUGAUUACAAGUAGCAAUAGUUAUCUGUUCAGAUUAAACAGAGAUAGAACAACUGAGAUAGUGGCUGGAUGGAAAGAGAAUUUGAAUUAUUCAAUUCUGUAUUUAUGUCAAUGUUCUCGAUUCUAAUGUCUAGAGUUCUUGAAAAUCGUGCAUGGUUAUUUAGUUUCCAGCUUAACAAAAUCAGUAUUUGUGUUUGGAGAAACAUCUUGCUAGUAUUAUGAACGCUCGAUCUAAUAAGCUGUAUUUCUGUAGUCCAACUUGUUUUCCUAGUUUUAUUUUACUAUAAUUUCUAUGAAAAUUCCAAUUUAAAAAUUGAACUUGAUUUAUUACAGUAUAAUAUUCUCUCAUCAUACUUUUAUGAUCACAAGGUCAAAUUAUUAAAAACGUUUUAAAUCAAUGAUAUAUUUGAAGAAAAUAUUUCGAUUGUAAUUUUUGUUUUCACUAUUUUUAUUACGGUACCUAUCAAUUAACUGUAGUUGAAAACAUUUCAGUUACGAUUUUCAUAAAUAUUUCAUUUGUUUUCUAUCAACUCGCAGCUUUAUUUCGUAUCUCUCGUGUUCGAUUUCAUUAAAUCAAUGGCUCGAAACUCACCUAAAUCUUGACCCAGUUCCUCCCAGAUAUGAUUCCCAUAUUUCCAACUAAUUACAAAAACUCAAUCAGAAGAAAUACCACAACUAGAAUAGUCAAUGUAACUUUGGACGUUGAUGAAAGUUUGACCUGUGUUAUGCUUAGAAUUAUUGUAAAGAUAUUGCUUUGAAAUUUUGCACUUCUAUGUAGAAAAUGGCGGGGAAUCUGAAAAUGCCAUCUCCCGAAAAGGGCGUAUACCUUUAUACGCCCUUCUUACAUAGACGUCCUCAAUUAUCGGUUUUAAUUUGAGACUGUGAUUGACGAAUUAAAACACAAUCAUUUUUAUAAAAUGUAUCGAAAUUGAGUUAGUGAUUAUUUGUUUAAUUUCCAAUAAAGUAUUCAAUAAAAAUAUUUGCUCAAGUCAUCAACUUUAAUUAUCACUGCUUUAAAACUUAUUCUUUUACUAGCUUUAAAAAUAAAAUUGAUUUUAUUACGUUUUAAUAAUUCAAUUUUGUUGUUAAAAAUAUAGCCUACUUAUGCUUAAGUUCAAGCUAAUUUUAUGGAUCUAAAUAAAUUACUCGUUUUUCUGAAAUUCCUAAAAAAUUAAAUGAUUUUUCUAAAAAAUUACGAUUGUUAGAGAAAUUCUAAUGUAGCAUAAUUUCCAAGUUUUGCAAUCGUUUUAGAAAGAAGCAUAUUAAUGAUGUGUUUUUGAAAUUCUAUAUGAUAUGAGUCAAAUAAUGUUGAUAAAAUAAGAAGUUUAUUGUCAUAAAAUCUUAUAGUAUGUACUGUAACUUGUAUUAUAACUACUAUACCGUAAUACUGAACACCAUAAAAUGUAUGAAUUUGUAGUAAACAAAUUGAAUCCAUAAAUUUUAUAAAUACCGUAUCUACUUAGUUUGAAAUUAAUUGAGGUGUAAAAUUGCUUUGAGUUUCUUCGCAGAAAUUGCGUAUCGAUAAUUAAAAUUAAUAUUUAAUUCGAUGAUUUGUUCUGUACAACAUAACAAUUUGUGUAAGUUUAUUAUGCUUUUAAAAUAUGCCUCUUACGUCUUAUUUUUAUAUAGAGCAACUAUUGAGAGAUGGUAGAAAGAGAGUCAAUUAUAUAAUUAUUUCAGAACUUACCUUGAGAUAUAAGGUUACAUUUUAUUCAGUUAGCCCAAAUCAUACUCAAAUGUGAAUAUUUUAAAAUAAUUAUAAUUGAUUGAGUUCUUUAUCAUAAUCACUUGAUGGGAUCUGUCAUGUUAUCAGCAUAAAAUCACUUCAACUCUGCAUAAAAAGUAUUAGUCCUACAAAUAUAAAUAUAUCCCUGGAUUUUUAUUUAUCAAUCCCAAAAAGUUUUCAAUAUUUAAAUAACGUUUUCAUAAACUUGUGUUCAAUUUAUACAACUGAUUUCAGCCAUCCAUAUUAUUAUGGAUUAUCUAGUUACAGUUCCUUUGAUAAAUUAGUCUGUGAUGUUUAUUAUUUAAUUGUAAAUAGAUGGAAUCAAAUGAACUAACUAUGAUAUUAAUGAUGUUUUUUAUUUGUGUUGAUAACCUAUAACUUCAAUUAGAAAUUAAUUUCAAAACGAAGAAUAUAAUCAAAUAAUAGGUAAUUGAUCAAAAACCCAUGAAACGUAAUUUAGAGCUACUUGAAAAAGUCAAACUGUCCUAUUUUUGAGUUCACUCAAUAUAGAUUUGUAAAAUCUAAUUUCGAGAAAAAUAGUUUUAAAAUGAACGAAAUUAUAAUUUUAGAACAUAGCCUACUGUAGGGCUUAAGUAAGAACUUGCUGAAUAGUUAUUUAAUUGAGAUUAAGUUAUAUGAUUCAAACACAGUUGCUAAGAUACUUUUUAAUAUAAAGAUUGAUAUAGAACAACAGCUUUUACAAAAAGAUUUGCUAUAAGAAUAGAUUACUCUAAAGGAAACGCAUAAUAGUUCUUAGAUCAGCAAUUAGUAAAGUUUAGGUGUUCAAGAGAGUUGACGCUGAGCUUUUACUGUAAAUAAAAUCGGCCUACAGAGUUUUCAUAUUGAAUUUAAAAUGAUUUAAUUAAGUGAAGAAAUGGCUUAUCAGGCUAUUUAUUAAAAUGUAUAGAAUUAAUUUAGUACAAAUUGAUUGCAAUGGUAUUUUAAAUCACUAUUUUUAAUUAGUUUUAUUUAAAAUCUGUCCGUUGUGUACCAAUUUCAUCAUGUUUAAAAAUAACUCGAAAUAGAUUUUUCUUCUUAUUGAAAUUACUUAUUCAUAAUAUACAAGUUAUUAGCCUAAAAUAAUUUCAUACAAAUGGGCAUUAGUUAUCAUUUGAAUAUUUAAUGACUUUUCACUGUGAUUUAUCACUAUUUUAUUGUUAUACUUAUCUAUCUAUCUACAUUUCACUGUAGCUGAAGAUUUGAGUUUUUGAAGUGAUGAGUAUGUGUUUAUGAGUAUUUCCAACAAUUUAACUGUCAAUCAAAACUUAUACGAAUUAUUGAUUUUUCCUAUAUCUUAAUGUUACAAGUGUAAUCUUCUUCUACACAUAACAAAUAUAAAUUGUGAUUUACACUGA